AUGCCAGCCAUUCUUGUAGCCUCCAAGAUGAAGUCUGGACUGCCCAAACCGUUACAAAGUGCUUUGCCAGUCCCUCCUGCCAGGACAGGCAGCCUGAAGCCUCCCCCUUCCAGUCAAAUUCCCCUAAAGACCCCUGUCUGCAGGCUGAGCACUGGAACUCUCCAGAAGAAAAGCCAAACUUCGAAGGGAAAGGCAGGAGACUCCCAGAUUUAUAUGGACUGGGCCAACCAUUAUCUGGCGAAGUCAGGUCACAAACGCCUGAUAAAGGAUCUUCAGCAGGAUGUGACAGACGGAGUGCUGCUGGCUGAGGUCAUUCAGGUUGUGGCUAACGAGAAGAUUGCAGAUAUCAACGGAUACCCAAAGAGCCAGUCUCAGAUGAUUGAGAACAUUGAAGCGUGUCUAGGCUUCCUGGCAGCUAAAGGAGUCAAUAUAAAGGGCCUGACUUCAGCUGAGAUCCGCAGUGGGAAUCUGAAGGCCAUUCUGGGUCUGUUCUUCAGUCUGUCACGUUACAAGCAGCAGCAGCAGACAUCGAAGCAAAGCUCCCAGCCCCUCCAUACCUCCCACACCGCUCAGACCCAAGGCUCACGGAGCUCAAGCCCUGCCCUACCUCCUCACACCUCACCCUGGCACAGUCCCCAUGUAUCCCCCUGCCCCACUCCCACACCAGCACACAAAGCUCCAGCAGAUAUGCUGUCCAGUCAUCCGUCUAAAGGAUCUUCUUCCCAGAAGAAAGCGCUCAAGCUUUCUGUCACUCAGAGAAAAACCUCUAGACUGCCAGGUCCCUCUGGAAGAACAGCGUCCGCUGACAGUGAAUCCAAACCCCGUUGCCCAACCAACGCUAACGCUAACAACAGACGCAGUCAGAGCUUCAACUGCAGUGACAAGCUCAAACCAUCAUUAGCCUGUGUUAAUGACAGAGAGAAAAUGAGCCUGUCGCCCGUCAUGGCUGAGAGCGGGCACUCCACAGCCUCCGCACCUCCUCCCAACAUCACCAGCACAAACGUCAGCAGCACUAGCACCAACAGCUGUAAGCGCUGGAGGAGCAAGUCACUGAGUGCCAAACACACCGCCACCUCCUCCUCCACCCUGCCUGUGAGGCAGCCCAGCCCCUCCACACUGGAACAACCUCCUAAAGUCAUUGCCCAAAAGUCCAUGUUGGAGAAGCUCAAGCUUUUCAACAGUAAAACAGGCUCCAGGACCUCCAGCGAAGUGUCUCUGGCAGAGGAGGUCGAUUUUUCGGAUACGCAGCCAGAGAGCACCAAGAUGUGCCCCGUUCAUGCUGAAACAGAACCGGGGAACCAUCCCCAGCCCAUCACGUCUACCACAGCUUCCAGCCCUAAAAUGGCGCUGAAAGGCAUCGCUCAGAGAACCAUCAGCCGGGCCCUGGCGCCUAAAAAGAGCUCCGCCAAAACAGUGGAGAGCGAUAAAGACAAAGCCAUGCCAAAGGAGAAGGACAGACAGUCCAGAAGAGCUCCGAUCUCGGACCAGGACCAGCUCAGAGAUGAGACCAGGCCUGAGAGCCUGCAUGCCGCGGAAGUCAAGAGAACCAUCACUACCUCCAAAGGCAGCAAAAGCAGCAAAGCUUCUUCAUCGCACAGCAACCUUCCUAAGCUGGGACCAACUAAGGGCUCAGGGACAGGCAGGGGCGCAAGUGCGCCCUCCUCUGGUAACUAUGGGGAGCAGUCACGUGGGAAGAGGACGGGUGCGAGUUUGUCGGUGCACAAGGGGCAGGUGGACGGCAAGAAGUCCAGCUCCUCAUCUAGCCUGGUGUCUUCAGAGAUUAAAAACCCUCAGCACAACAGCAAUACGACACAGUCUACAGCCAGCAAUACAGCCAGCGUACAGUUACCUCAACCCCAGCAGCAGUACAGUCACCCCAACACCGCCACUGUUGCACCAUUCAUAUAUAGGUCUCAGAUGGACAUGGGUACCAUUGGCGUUUUGGAAGAAGCAGAAGGCAAAGGGGAAGUCCUCCACUGCAAGUCCAUCCAUACCUCUUUGGAGAACUUGACACGUGAGGAUCCAGAAACAAGGAGACUGCGCACGGUAAAGAAUAUCGCUGACUUACGGCAGAACCUGGAGGAGACUAUGUCCAGUCUCCGUGGUACCCAGAUCAGCCACAGCACCCUAGAGACGACCUUUGAUAGCAGUGUGACCACUGAGGUCACGGUCAGGGGUGUGCAUAACCUGGUGACCUCCCGAUCUGCCACCACUUUGCCAAGGCGCCUCUGCCCGGCCAGCCCCCGUCUGCAGGCGGGCGACGCCCCCUCCGUAGUGAGCGGGUACGGGCAGCAGCAUGGUAGCUCCAGCUACCAUCUCAUCUGCCAAGAGGACGGGCGCUCCGCCCACAGACAGGCCGGUGCCUGCGACAGUGCCCUCUGCACCCUGGAUCUGUCUGACAAGGUGGAGGAGCUAGAGAGCAUCUCCAUGGAAACCAUGGGUUACAUGAGCGACGGAGACGUGCUGGGCAAGAACGUGAGAGCGGAGAGUGUUAACAGCGGCUACAUGACAGACGGAGGACUUAGUAUGUACACAAGACGGCUGAACUGUUUGCCGGACAGCGCGGCCGCGGUCAGAGACACCAUCUCACGCAAUGCCACAAGGAUUCAGGCCGACUCCGACAGUUGGGACGACAGCAGUUCUGUCAGCAGUGGAAUCAGUGACACAGAUGACAUCAACACUAGCUCCUCCCUCAGCUCCUACAUUAACACACCUUCUGUCCUGCGCAGGGACAUAGAGGAACAGCCCCAGACUGACGCUGAGAAGCACUCGGCUGUGCAGCACGAUUCCUCGUGGUCCGGUGACGUGGCUAAGCUGCCAGACAGAGGCUCGGACAGCGGCGUCAAAAUGGAAACUGGCACCAAGUGGUCCCGCCAUCCCAUGGACAUCUUGGAGGAGUCGGACCGAGGCUCACCCGGGCGCAAGACCCCCUCCAUAUCACAAACAGGCUCCUGGAGAAGGGGUAUGACCGCCCAGGUGGGCAUAACCACCCCUCGAGCAAAGGCGCCACCUCUGGCAAGCUGCAGCUCCCUCAAGACGACUGGUACAGGUAAAACUGAUGACGCCAAGGUGUCUGAGAAAGGCCGGCUCUCUCCACGCCCAAAUGGGCUCCAUUGCUCCCCCUCUGAGCGCCAAACAUGUGUUGAUGAGGGUAAAAAACCUCAUUCCAGCUCCAUGCCUCGGACCCCAACGAACACCUUUGGUUUUAAGAAGCCCCCGGGCAGCACGGCAAUGAUCACCGUCAGCGGUGCUGUUCUUACUAGUGGCUCUGCCACACUGGGGCGGAUACCUAAGUCCGCGGGCUUUUCGGGGAGCCGGUUACUGGCCCGGCAAAGCAGCGUGGAUGAUGGGUAUAUACCUUCAAAUGCUCGCACCAUGCUACAGUACCGUAGUUUGCCAAGGCCCAGCCGGAGCAGUGGCAGCAUGAUCAGUUCCCGUUGUACCGGUCGCACUUCUGGCUCAGGGCUGGACAUAGGCCUUGUCUCCAAGGGCACAGCCACUUUGCCCGGCCCCAAGAGUCGUGCUUCGGUCAAGCCCACAGCCGGUGUCCAUGCCCCAACUGCCAACCAGACGGACCGGGAAAAAGGCGUCUGCUCAGAUACGGAAAACCUGUCGUCUGUUCAGGCAUCUAAAGCAAAUGGCACUAGUCAGACUGGGGUUCCAGACCAAUCCCACACAGGGAGACAGACAGGAGGGACAAUGACAUCACCCACCUUGCGCAGACUUUUUGGUGGAAAGUCCAGCAACAAACAAGCGCCCGUCACCACUGUGGAGAACAUGAAGAAUUCCACUGUCAUCUCUAACCCUCACGCAGCUGCCGGUCAGCAGGGCAAUACUCUGGAGAUUCUCUCAGUGGGCACCAGACCUCCCUAUAGCGAGCGCCUGGCUGCGCCGGCUGAAGCCGGCACAGAGCAGACCCCACCAUCUUUAACGUCCAAUCCCAGCGCGGCCUUGUCGCCGUGGGGUAACAGAGAUGCUGUGGCAGCCUACCCUUCCCAGACCUCUGUCCUCACCAGCUCAGAGUCUGUAGACGUGCCACUGGUCAAGGAUGAACCGCAGGCUGUCAGCCUUAAUCGAGCAGGCAGCAUCCGCACAGGACUCUCUGACAGGUAUGCCCACCUGCCUCAGACGCGCGUUCAGGAGGAGGCCAGGGAUUGGCUACGCUCUCACUCUGCGGGUGGCCUCCAGGAGUCGGCAGGCAGCUCACCCUUCUCUCCCGCAUCCAGUCUGAGCCCCCCCACUGGACAACGAUUCAACUUCAACACCCUCACCACUCCUUCCACAGCUGCGCAGAUGAACCUGCGCAGUGCCAAUGGCCUGACCAGUCAAGACGGCCCUUGUGACUCGUACAGCGACCCCCGUUUGCGGAACCCCAGCAUGCCUCUAGAUGAAAAGAGUCGAGCUAUGAGCAGCUCCGGAUCGUUCCGAGACGGCCUGGAGGAAGUUCAUGGCUCGUCUUUGUCUCUCGUGUCCAGUAACUCCUCAGUCUAUUCCACGCCAGAGGAGAAGUCUCAGUCAGAGAUCCGUAAACUGCGGAGAGAACUGGAGGCCUCCCAAGAGAAGGUGUCUGCUCUCACCACACAGCUGAGUGCUAAUACUCAUCUCGUGGCAGCGUUUGAACAGAGCCUCGGCAACAUGACCAUCCGACUGCAGAGUCUCACCACGUCAGCUGAACAGAAGGACUCAGAGUUGAAUGAGCUGAGGAAGACCAUAGAGAUGUUGAAGAAUCAGAACACUGUAGCACAGGCUGCUAUAAAUGGAGUGCUCAGUACACCUGAACUCACCUGUAAAGACACGGGCUCAGGUAAUGCUUCUCCUCAGCCGGAGUUAAGGAUUCACCGACAGCCCUCCUCAGACAGCGUGUCCAGUCUCACCAGCGGCACCAGUCACUCCAGCGUGGGCAGCAACCUGGAGCUGGACGCCAAGAACAAGAACAAGAAGAAAAAGAACGGCUGGGUUUAUGAGUUGAGGAGUUCCUUCAAGCAGGCGUUUGGUAAAAAGAAGUCACUCAAGUCCGGCUCUUCCCACUCUGACAUUGAGGAGAUGACGGACUCCUCGCUGCCAGCCUCACCCAAACUCCCUUACAACGGCUCCCCCCUGAGGAACUCCAGCUCAUUCCCCCAUCUGUCUCCCCUGCCUGCCAGUGGUUAUGGCUGGCCCAGUAACAGUGGGUCUAUGAGGACUGGCUCUCUGAUGCGGAUAUCGGAGUGCACAGAUAGUGAGGCAGAGACGGUUAUGCAGUUGAGGAGUGAGCUGAGAGAUAAAGAAAUGAAACUGACGGACAUCAGGUUGGAGGCUCUUAGCUCCGCCCACCAGCUGGACCAACUGCGUGAGUCCAUGAAUCGCAUGCAGAAUGAGAUUGAGAAACUGAGAGCGGAAAACGACCGUCUGAAGAUGGACAGUCACGGCAGCUGCAGUAAUUCAACCUCCCAGACGUCAGCUUCCCCCUCACCUGUGGGUCCCGCGCUCAGCGUAGCUGAGUCCACCAGCCUGGACAUGUUGUUGGAGGACAGUGGAGAUGGCUGCUCACGGAAAGAGGGACAACACGUGAAGAUAGUUGUGAGUCUGGACGAGAAUCCGAAGUGGAAAGAGGAGUGUAGGCCUCGUCAGUUCCUGAUUGGCUGCAUUGGUGUCAGUGGAAAAACCAAGUGGGAUGUUUUAGACGGGGUGGUCAGACGUCUCUUUAAGGAGUAUAUUAUCCACGUGGAUCCAGAGAGCCAGCUAGGUCUAAAUUCUGACAGCGUCUUAGGUUACAGUAUCGGAGAGAUUCAUCGUACCAACGGCGUAGACACGCCCGAGCUCCUGCCCUGUGGUUAUCUGGUGGGAGAUAGCGACACCAUUUCUGUCCGCCUUAAAGGUGUGUCAGAGAACAGCCUGGACAGUCUCGUGUUUGAGACGCUUGUUCCAAAGCCCGUCCUGCAGCGGUACAUCUCUCAGCUCCAGGAGCAUCGGCGAAUCAUCUUCUCUGGUCCCUCUGGCACCGGCAAAACCUUUCUGGCCAAUCGGCUUGCAGAGUACAUGGUUCAGUGGGAGGGACAUGAACUCACUGAUGGAGUCAUUGCUACUUUCAACGUAGACCACAAAUCAAGCAAGGAGCUGCGGCAGUACCUGUCCAACCUGGCCGACCAGUGUAACAGCAGCAGUCAGGCACUGGACAUGCCUCUGGUCGUCAUCCUGGACAACAUGCACCACGUCAGCUCCCUGGGCGACGUCUUUAACGGCCUGCUCAGCUGCAAACACCACCGCUGUCCCUACAUCAUAGGCACCAUGAAUCAGGCAACGUCAUCCACUCCAAACCUGCAGCUUCAUCAGAACUUCAGAUGGGUGCUAUGUGCCAAUCACAUGGAGCCAGUCAAGGGCUUUCUGGGUCGGUUUCUGCGGAGGAAACUGAUAGAGACAGAGAUGGGCAGUCGCGUGCGUAAUGCUGAGCUGGCAAAGAUUGUGGAGUGGAUCCCAUGUGUGUGGAACCACCUCAACCAUUUCCUGGAGACGCACAGCUCCUCUGACGUCACUAUCGGGCCCCGCCUCUUCCUCUCCUGCCCCACGGACGUGGAUGGUUCCCAAGUGUGGUUCACUGACCUGUGGAAUUACUCCAUCAUACCCUACAUGCUGGAGGCAGUCAGGGAGGGCCUACAGCUGUAUGGGCGCAGAGCAGCUUGGGAGGACCCUGCUAAAUGGGUUAUGGAGAGUUACCCAUGGCCAGCCAGUCCCCAACAGCACAACUGGCCUCCUCUCCUUCACCUCCGGCCAGAAGAUGUUGGCUUCGAUGGCUAUUCCCUCGCGCCAGAGAACAGCCAGAGGAAACAGCCAACACAGGGCGAGACGGAGGAAGAUCCACUGUUGAACAUGCUAAUGAGGCUGAAGGAGGCAGCCCACAGUAACGGUCCACAGGGCUACGACAGUGACUCUAACAGUAACAGUAACCAUGACGACGUACUGGACUCCUCGCUAGGACUCGAGUCCACGCUGUGAAUUCACGUCUCCGGUCUGAGAGCAAAAGAGCAACAAAUAACCCAGAGAAGACAUCUGGCCCUGAGACGGAUCAGACAGGGUGCUGGCAACCUUACAUUUCAGAAUAGUCAAACUCAAAGAUGGUGGCUGUUUUUUUUUUUUUUUCACUCGAACAGUGUUAAUAACAGAAAUUCACACCACAAUUGUUCUGUGAAUCAUUUUGAACUUUUUGUCAUAAGCCGUUGAACUUUUUGUCCACGUUGCCCCAACAUUCCUGCAGAAUGCUUUAUUCGAAAAAGUCGCUCCACUCUGUUAUUGUGGACAGCAGAUGGCGCUACAGAUAAGUUUUACCUUUGGUGCUUAGCUCAGUCUUUCUGCAGAGGAUGGAUGAAUCUCCUUCUGCAAACCAGGUACUCUUACCCAUGUCUAUGAGCAAACACCAGCGAGGCUGGCUGGAAAUUUUUUUCUGUGAUACAAAGAUUCACAUGAUGAAUCUUGUGGAUGUGACUGUUAUGGUUAUGUUUAGAGGAGAACAUCUUCAAAACCCAUCUGUGAGCUCAAACAAACACUCUAAUGAUGUUAUGCGUUCUACACAAGAACCUGGUCUCCCUAUCGACUAACAACAACAACAAAUACUUGAAAAUGUGUUCAAAUGAACUCUGAACACUGGUUUUGUCAGUGAUAAAGUGCAUUAAAUUACGUCAUUAAAGCAAUAUAGCAAGUGAAUUUCCACUGGACUGAAAACAUGUUCUACCAUACUGACAAAGCACAGGUUUCUCUCAUAGGUUUGUGUUUUCAGUUAUUUGAAGAGGUGAUAACUUAGUUGAAUGUUAAGUAAUGCCUAUUUCGUGUGGAGCACAGUUCGUUCUCCUGUGAAUCUUUGUUGGUGCUGACGUUUAUUAAGGAUGCCUUACUUUUUUUGUAAUAUAUUUGUUAUUCUUGCUUUUGCAUAAUGCAGAUAUAUUUGUAAUGCCGUAUUUUCGAACAUUACAGCGUCUUUGCAUUAGUGUUGCUCCUAUAUCCAUUAGCAUAUUUUAAUGUUCUGUGAGAUGACCCAGAAAAAUGAUCAAGACAAAGCCAGAUUUUUUUCCUUCCAUCACAAAUGAACCAGGCUUGCAGAGAAAAAAAAUAGAAUUUUUCUUUAAUCCUCAGUGGUGCUCCUGUUCUUAAAACAGCAAUAUUCUGCUUCUGAUGUCGUUUGGUUUGCUUUGGUGGACAUGAUCAUAACUCAAACUGUAAUGGGACAGACUCUCCUAACUGCAUGUCAUAUGGAUGUCCUCAUGGCUCGACAUGAGAGUGUGUGUUUUUCUAAAAUGUUGGUUUAAGGAGACUACAGAUUUCUUGUCGUGAAUAUUAGUGAACUCGCUACUUCUAGAGGCACUUUUUCAGAUGUAGAGGCCGACUCAGUCAAGCGUGUUUGUGGUGGGAGUAAAGAGAGGGAGAGGGGGUGUUUGUACCUCGAAAUGAGAGCUGAUGUGUCUAGUAGGUCUCUGGGGAGAUUUAACACAACUUCCAUUUGCAUCAAAUGUAAAUGGGAUACCCAGUGUUGCUUAAUCUGAAUAACUGCACUUUCUUUGCUGGUGAGAUGAACUGUUUUCAAACUCAUACAUGUAUGACAAACCAUUUUGGACACACACACACACACAUACACACACACACACACACACACAAUGUCUCUUUUAUACUUUUACCGAUCUUGAGUGGUCUUGAGAGGCAGAUGCUAUGCAAUAUUGCUUUGUUUUUGUUUUCAAAACUGUUUUAGAACGAGCCAAAUAGUUGCGGUGUUUCUGAAAAACUGCCAAGGUUUGUGCUGCAAGUUCUUUUGAUAUGUGAAUAAUGUUUGUGGUGUGUAUUUCAUUAGCAUAUCUUAAAAGCUUUUUUAACAGUCUAGUUCCAAAUGAUUGAAGCACAAAAACGAACUGAUUAUAUAUCAUCUGUUUGUCUACUUAAAUGCCUCGUUUGGCCUAAAAGUUUCUCAUAUUUGAAGUCAUUCUAAAAUAUGACAAAAUUUUCUGUUAUUCCUAUGUUAUGUGUAUGUUGUAUUAUAUGUUUGUAAAUAUUUCACUAUAGACCUGCAUUUUGGAUGAACAUU